AUGAAGCUUGAGGCGAAGUUCCUGGUUGAUCCACUUAAACUGGCUCAGGCUGUGGUAGAGAAACUCAGGGACUCCGAUUUCGACGCUGCUAUGAGCCUUGUUCGUGCCAGUGAGAAGUCUCGGGACGGGAUGGCAGUGGACAACAUCGUUAGUUGGAAUCAUGUUAUCGAUUGGCUGAUGAGCAAAGGGGAGCCUUCCAUGGCAUGGAAGGUCUAUAAUGAGAUGAAGAAGCGAGGCCAUAAACCUGACGCACACACUUACACAAUCAUGCUUAGGGGCUACCGAGACAAUGUGAAGAAGCCCAAUGCUGUCAAGCAAGCGGUCGCUGUCUACGACUCUAUAUCAGCUGCGAACUCGGUAGUUACGCCUACGACCAUUCAUACGAACGCCGUACUCAGUGUAUGUGCUCGAGCCAAUGACAUCGAAUCCCUCUGGAGCAUUGCAGGCAGGCUUCCCGACAAAGGGCCUGGCGCACCUGACCAUAUAACAUUUACCACCAUACUGCAAGCCAUCAAUGCUGAGGUUCGCGCACGAGCGGUCGAACUGGGAUCUCGAAAUGGCCCCGAUUAUGACCCACAACCCAUUUUUGAACAAGCGGUCUCUGAUGCACGGAAGCUAUGGGUCGAUAUCACGGGACGUUGGAGGAAAGGCAACCUCCAGCUUGAUGAGGCUCUUGUCUGUGCAAUGGGAAGACUACUGAUGCUUUCAACCGACCCUAAAGCCUAUGAAGACGUUCUUAAUUUAGUUCAACAGGCCAUGAACAUCCCAAAAAGUCCCGAUAACCUUGGGCGAACAGAGGACCCGAACGUCAGGGAGGAAGAUGACUCAAGUGUGGGCACUGAGGCACACACAACUUCACACUCUGGCGACUCCAAUAGAUCCUUGGUUAGGUCAGGUUCCAGGUCAACACAAUUGGUCCCCAGCCCGACAUCGAUAUAUGCCACCCCUGGCCAGAACACGCUCUCCAUGCUUCUAGAGACAGCUACAGCUCUCCGGUACCUACGAGCGGGAAAGUACUACUGGGAUUUACUGACCGCUCCGGAUGGCCCCUACAAGAUUAUUCCCGAUCACGGAAAUGUCGCGGCCUAUCUUCGUCUUCUCCGGGUAUCACGGGCCAGCCAAGCCACCCUGGAUGUUCUGCGCAUGCCGCGGCCCAAAGAGAUUCAAGACCGAGUGAUGGUUCGAGGCACGUUCUUCAUCGCCAUGAGUACUUGCCUGCGAGACAAGAACAAUCCAAAUGUGUUCGACAUUGCAAGUCGGAUACUAGAUUUGAUGCAAGGCAGAGCGGACUCUUCCGAUCAGGAACAGUCUUCGAGACCUGAGGGCCAGAAGCUUGAGAUGUCCCCUAGAGUCCUGACCAAGUACCUGGAACUAGCACUGGCAACAACAAAUGGCUUGAAUGGCGGUCGAUUGAACAAGACGAGGAAUGGAGAUUUGGAUUUCGAGCGCGACCCUCACAAGAAUAACACAUUGAGAGCUCUGAGGAGGCUCGCUCCUGACAUGCUCAAUGUCAAACGAUUAUUGAAACUCCACAUGACCGAACUCGAACAACAGGCCGCCGUCAAAUCUCGGACAAGCACCGUGCAGAAGCUCCUUGCAAAGCGGGAACUCACCCACCUUAGCGUCAGUGAGAAUAUGAAUGAGCUUGUCGACUUCUUACGCACGUUGAUCGGUGCAUACGACAAGAUCCUUAUGGUCAAUGAACGGCUCGAGGACGAGGGAUUAGGGCCUUUGGAUCGAGACAUCCUAAACGAGUGCUGGUCGCAGAAGCGCAAAUUAUCCGCGUUCCUCGGCAAGGUCAACAAUGAACGCGGUAUUCCUAUCGAGGCUCGACGGGAGCGGGAGCAUGGUUCCACUGCUGGCCGGGCCAAGGCCAAGACGGAGGUUUCUGAGGAGGAUUUCGAAGACGAGGCCGGCGAAACUCUCGAUGUGACGGUGCCGAAUCAAAGGACGAAGACAAUCAAAGAAAUCAACAAGGCGCUCAUGAAACAGGACAAAGCGAGAGAGGAGAGCCGGCUUUCGCGACGACAGAAGCGUGAGCUCGGGAAGGAGGAGCGUAUCAGGAGACAGUUUCCCGUCAGCAUGUUGAAACCCAAACCGAGUGAGCAGACCCGGCUCAGCAGGCAACGGCACGAGACUGGGAGUGGGGACCGCAAGCGUAGUACGACUUCGGCUUCACAGAUGUAUCGUGGAUGGGGAGGUGGUUUCGAGGCUCUUGCCCGUGAACAAGGCCAGGGUGAGAAGGCGGGGUUUAUCGACCUGCGACCAUAA